CCGCUGGUGUAACGGGACCACCAGCUGUCUAACAAGUGUCGACGGUUCACCUCAUAAACAAACGCUGUUAUCUAAGUUCAGCUUCAGUAACUGCGACUGGAGUACAGUUCAGAUGCCGGGCCGUGUUCAGAAGAGGUGUGCUGAUGGUUUAAAUGUAGUGUUGGUGUAGGUGGACAGUGUGUUAUUUAGUGUGGGGUAUUAGGUGUAGUCAGUUAGGGUUAGUUGGAGCUGCUGUUUACAUUUCUGGCUAAUCCUGUAGCUGUAGCAGCAGCAGUCCCUCCCCACCCCGCUUUACUGCUCUUCUGGAUUUGCUUUACAUACUGUGGCACAAUACUGUAGCUGGUAGCCGCCCCUGUUACUUAGCUGAGCGCUGUCAUUAACUUUGGUGGCUGUUAAAACUUGUCUGACUGUCUGAUCCGCUGCUGCUGCUGGAAACUGUGGGAUAUUAUCGGAAUACCAAGUAUGGGGAUGUGCUUGCCCUGUCUGGGUGGAGCAGCAGACGACGUUGUGGUAACGCCGGAUCCUGAAACCAGAAGACAUCAGUUGGCAGAAGCUGCAGAAAAAAGACAGAAAGAGAGCACAUACAGAGGCAUUAAAAACCCAGAAGCCGUGGAAAGGAAAAAGAAAAAACAGGAGGAGAUGGAAAAACAGGCGAUGAGCACAUCCCCCUCAGGAGGUGGGGGGCUUAAGUGGCAGGUUGGCUAACAAAAGGUGAAGAGAAGACAUCUAGUGUGUGUCAGCUUUGAGUCCGACUGCCUGAGCAGCAAAUCCAUCAAAACAAGAAGGCUUUUUUUUUUCUCUUUUUAAAUACUUUCUUAUAAAGCAAGCUAGAUAAGACUGAGAGUGUAGCAUCUAGAAUUGUUUUGCCAAGCUUUCUGCAAGGUACAUCAUUUCAGGUCUCCUUGUUGGCCAGAGCUCUUUGCAAGACAUGCCUUCUUCUCUAACACGCCAACAUGUGCCAGCCAAUGGAUUAUGUGUGAGAACUAAGGGCAGUAAUGCUUGGGUUUUAAUACACUCAAUGUUUAUUUAUAUAUUAUGACUACUGAGAGAGCAUUCAGUCACUACAACAGUUUUCUCCAGCUCAGAAGCUCACGCACCACAGUGCUUUCUUUACAUAUAGAAUUUUCUCAUGCUUGACUUCAGCUUACCAGUUUUUUAAGCAAUGGUUCCAGAUGAAUGUAAUUUUGAAAUAUGUUUAUAUCACCUAAAAAAACACGUUUUGUAAUACAUUUUUCUACUGUUUGUUCGGCACAUUCAGAUACGUUGGCGUUCAGUUUUCUUCUGCAGUGGUUUGGUUGAAGCAUGGCAGUGCAAUAUAAGUUAUUGGUUGUGUUUGUUUUGUACAGCAUGUGAAAGUGUGAUUUCUAAUUUAACAGAGUGAAGGUGACAGUGUGGAUAGAGGAUUUUGAUGGUUUAAACUGGUCAGUCUGAAAUUAUAGCAAACACUUUGUGUGACAGUAAAUGAAGUGAUGAUGGUUAUACUUGAUUACUUUAAAGGUUUUUUUUCUGUUGAAUACAGCACAUGGAUUUUCAGCAUUUUAUGAUUUUGUUCAACUCAUUUUGGAAGAUAUGAGACCUGCUUCUUAGUUAGGUGAGCUGUGCUCUAGGUCUAAGUGCAAAGACUUGUGUACUACAACACAGCAAGACUGCAGCUGAGAUGGAGCUGUUCUAUUAAUGUUAAAUGGUAUUCUUCACAAGAUUGCUUUUUCACGUGUAUUCAACAAAAAUAUGGCUUGUGGGACUUUUUACCCCUCAAUUCCAAACCAUGCUGCCGUUGUCAAUACUUAGAGAGGUCCUUACUCUUCAAUUAAAAACAAGAUGCUGUGCCACUUUAAUACUUUCAUGGGUCUGAAUAAAUCCCUUUUAUUUUA